AUGCUCAAGAUCGCCCAAGCUUACCGGCUGAGGGUAGCUACCCUAUCUCCAUUGCAACUCACAGCGGUCUGCGUUCGCAGGAGACAAUAUAGCAUACCCACCGACUUACCGGUUCCUAGCAAAUCGAAGGUUUGGGACUCUGCAGAUGAAGCAGUCAAAGACAUCAAGUCAGGAUCCGUUUUACUGUGCGGUGGAUUUGGUUUGGCUGGCAUACCAGACACCCUCCUUGGUGCCAUAGCAAAGCGGAAAGAUGUCACUAACCUCACGGGAGUUUCGAACAAUGCGGGAGGUAACGAUUCUGGCCUAGACAAGCUGUUGAACACCAACCAACUCAGUAAAAUCAUUGCGUCGUAUCCUGGGAGUAACAAGAACUUUGAAAGUCGAUACUUGUCCGGGAAAAUAACAUUGGAGCUUGUGCCACAAGGCACACUAGCAGAACGACUGCGGGCACAUGCAGCUGGGAUUCCAGGGUUUUUCACACCUACAGGGGCGUCGACUGCUAUUGAGGAAGGCACGAUACCCCAACGAUACAAUGAUGGCGGGGCCGCAAACGGCAUCGCUAUUCCGGGCAUCCCAAAAGAAGCCAGAGAAAUAAAUGGGAAAAGAUACGUUUUGGAACCGUCGCUUGCUGGAGAUGUUGCCUUUAUCCGCGCUUGGAAGGUUGACGAGGUUGGCAACUGUGUCUUUCGUUAUGCGUCCCAGAAUUUCAGUACUGUCAUGGCCAAAAACGCAAAACUGACGAUUGUCGAGGCCGAACACAUAGUUCCAGUCGGCAGCAUUUCGCCAAAUGCAAUCCAUGUUCCAGGCAUUUAUAUCGACCGCAUUGUACCGGCGACGACUGAAAAGCGCAUUGAAAUAUUUACAAUGGCGAAGGAGGGCAACGAAAGUGAAAGCGAUAAAUCAGUUCCGCCUGAGAAAGCUGCUGCCAUUGCCCAACGCCACCGAAUCGCCAAAAGAGCCGCGAAGGAGAUCAAAGACGGUUUUUAUGUGAACCUUGGAAUUGGAAUGCCCACUCUAGUCCCAGAAUAUUUGGAGCCAGGUGUAAAAGUUUGGCUACAGAGUGAGAACGGUAUCUUGGGCAUGGGACCAUAUCCUACCAAAGAGCAAUUGGAUGCCGACCUCAUCAAUGCUGGAAAAGAAACCGUCACACUUCUUCCAGGAGCUUCCAUUUUCGAUUCGAGUGAAUCGUUCGCAAUGAUUCGUGGCGGACAUGUUGACGUUGCUAUUCUCGGUGCUAUGGAAGUAUCUAAAGCGGGUGAUAUCGCCAAUUUCAUGAUACCUGGAAAGUUACUCAAAGGCAUCGGUGGAGCUAUGGACCUCGUUUCUAAUCCAGACAAAACGAAGGUCAUCGUUGUCAUGGAACAUUGCUCGAAAAAUGGGAAAUCGAAGGUCCUCGAUAAGUGUUCACUCCCUCUAACGGGUGCACGCGCCGUGAGCACCAUCAUAACCGAACUUGCUGUAUUUGAGGUGGAUCGAGCAGCUGGGGAGAUGACACUGACAGACAUUGCGGAGGGUGUGACCCUAGAAGAAGUGAAAGCAAAAACUGCCGCCGAGUUCAAGGUUGCCCACAAACUGGGGACUUUCUGA